UCAUUACUUAGGUUGGUUCGUACUCUGAACUUCAAGCAAACGACGGCGAUUUCGCUGAAUUUUUGCGAACUUAUGCUAAAGAACAUGAAGAUGAACAAGGUAUAUACUCCAUGUUGAGAUAACUGAGUUUUAAAAGUCAUUACAAGAAUCAAUAAUUUGCAUGUACCUAUACUCUGUGAUCACAAUAGGAAUUUUGCAUAUUGUUAAAACAUAUGUUAUGUAUGUUAUGAAGUGUCCGUCUCUGCACUUGAGUUAUCACGAAACCAUGGUAACAGAUUCUGUGACUGGUUGUUUAAAACUAAAGAAUAAAUUUUCUAAAGAGCUAGCCACAAAUACUGAUAACUUUUGUUUAUGGAUGUUAGUCACAGAGCAUUUUAGCUUCGAAUUGGUGGAUCAAUUAGACUUCCUUUAGGUUGGGUGAAAAUCUGAAAUUCUUGAGUCUUGCAUUAAUUCAAGUUUUUUUAUGGGUGUCAGUCACAAAACAUGUUCAUUUUAACUUCGUAUUUGGUCGAUCAUUACACUUCUUUGGGUUGGUUGGAAAUUUCAAAUUCUUGAUUCUUGCAUUCAAGUUUGAGUGUUUGGAUCUAUUGAAACUCUCCUAAGAACUCAUGAAACCGUGAUAAUCUUAAACUUGGCAUGGUUUUGUUGCUCUUACUGAUUACCAUGAUUCUCUUUUUUUCAGAGGAAUUUGAGUCGAGACCAAGGACGAAAUCACAACUUAGUACAGCAAGUUGGGCCAACACACUAACUGCUGACGACAGAAGUCCAAGUGUUUGUUCAUUAAUGAGUGAUUCCACCCAAGUGGCAGGGGAAGAUUUCAUGACUGAACGUGAAAAACGGGCCAAGGAAGACUACAAGAUGAUAAAGGAGGAGAAGGCUGAAACUGGGCGGGUAUGCCGUUAUUUUAUACACAGUAAUAUAAAGUGUUGAAGAGAUUUGUUGAUGGAAAUUUUGAGUGCCAGAGGGCUGAUAGUUGCAUUUAAUAAAAAUUCCACUUGAAAUUUCCAUCUACAAAUAAUUAGAUAUUACUGUUUUUAUGUGACAUCACAAGUAAGUAACAUCGUUCCCACCUUGGCCUUGCAGCUCAGAAGAUAGAGCAGUGUGACCAGAUUUUUUUCAGCGGUCGUUACCAAAAUUGUCUUCAAAUUCUACUAAAUUAAGAAAAAUUUUACCAAAUGUCGGCUUCCCAAAUAAUUACGUCAUAAUAAUGCAAAAAGAACAAUAGUUACGUCAUCAAAGUAGAAAAAGUAUGCAUAAAAAUGUAUCUUGAAAUACUUGUUGCUUUCAUCGUAUUGCAGUUUUUGCUAAUGAUAAGGCUUCAUUUCUUAGGUCUGGCAGUUCAGUUCAUCACUUUGAGCACGUUAUUAAACAAGAAACGCACACUUUCACCAAAAUGAUUAAUAAUUAAAACGUUUAAGAUUUUACCAAAAUUUUACCAAAAAAAAACUCAUUACCAAACUUUCUUGAAAAUUCACGAAAUUUUACCAAAAGUAAAACUUUUAACAAAUCUGGUCACACUGAGAUAGAGCAUCGUUCUAGAAAUGCGAAAGUCGCUGGUUCUAUUCCCAGCCGUGGUCAAGUAGAAUUUGCUGCUUGCCUGGCUCGACAUACUCGUAAGAAGAUCAAUACGCCUAUAUACAUUUACAUCACGAGUAGAAUCUCAAGAAAAAAAUCUUAUACAACAUACGCUGGAGUAAUAGCUGGCAUCAAGCGUUCCCAACUUGACCUUGUAGCUCAGAAGUAGAGUGUCGAUUGUUCUAGAAAUGCGUAUGGCGCGAAGCAUUUAUUUAAAUUAACCCUAUUUACAUACAAAGCACGCAAAGCAAUUAGCAUGUUAGCUGAUAAGUUAAUACCAAGCCAACAUGUGAACUUAUCAGCUAACAUAUUAGAAUGUUAGCUGAUAAGUUAAUAUAAGCCCACAUGUGAACUUAUCAGCUAACAUGCUAAUUGCUUUGCGUGCUCUGUAAAUCAAUUCAAAGCUUUUAUCCACGUACAUAAAUGCUGUACGUUUUGCUGUUAGCCAUAAGGCUAAUUUAUUUGAUGAGUGCCACAUCUUGUGGUACGAAACUAGAUAGUAAUAAAGAUGCCUAGGCCCUAAUGAGUUAUAAUAUUAAUAAAAGUUAUAAUAUUAAUAUUUAUAUAUUAAUAUUUAUUAUAUUUUAAUAAUAAAUAUUUAUAUAUACUGAGAGGUGCAAAAUUAGUAUGCAGCUAAUUCAAAAAAGGUUGUCCUUUAAUUUGCAAAACCUUAAACUUUAAAUCUUAACCUUAAACUCUAAGCGUGCAAAGCAUAAUGGGAGCAUUAUUUAAUCAGUUUAGAAAGUAGAUAUGGGGUCCAUUUCUUAGAUACAUAGUAAAUAUCUCCAUACGAGAACAAUUCAUUUACAAAUAGCUGCAACAUUCAACUCUAAGCGCGCAAAGCUUAAUGGGAGCACCAGUUUCAAGUUAAGGUUUAAAGUUUAUAGUUUAAGGUUUUGCAAAGACAACCUUUUUUGAAUUAGCUGUAUAUUACACUUAAAUUUAAAAGUGUAUAUUACACUUAAACAAGGCGCAUUGCAUUCAGUAAUGUCUAACUUGAAUGCCAUUGCUAUUACCUUUAACUAAUUUUUACGCUUGCGAGACCAAUAUUUGUUAUAUAAUUUAUUUUUAGGUCCGGUUUUCUGUGUUUAUCUACUAUUUCAUAUCCUGUGGUAUUCCUUUCUUAUUUCUCUUGUUGUUUUUCCUCGUGUGUUCCGAAAUCUCAUUGACCGGUUCUCGUAUUUGGCUUGCUCACUGGAGUUCCUCAAACAUCACUGAGAGCUCCGAACAGAACAGUUACGUUGGUAUUUAUGGCGCUUUGGGUAUCGGUCAAGGAUUCUUCUUAUUCCUAGUCGCCAUGACAUUGGCCUACAUUUGUGUAAAUGGUUCGACAGUACUGAAUGAGAAACUAUUAGCAAAUAUGUUAAGACUGCCGCUCGCCUUUUUUGAGACAACACCACUUGGUCGCAUCGUGAAUAGAUUCUCGAAAGAUAUUGAUGUGAUCGAUACAAUGAUUCCUCGUAAUUUGUCCUGGUUCUUUCAGACAUCUAUAGCCAUCUUGGGAACUGUAUUUUUGAUAUGUUAUUCAACUCCGUUCUUCAUGACAGUUCUACUGCCUCUGGCUGUGUUGUAUGUGCUGAUUCAGGUAAGCUCACUGAGCCCGCGAACAGCCUUCCCUGCAGCGCUGACUGAAACAUAGGAGAGCCUGUUUGUAAGCUAAGUUAAUCAGACUAUGUGCUCAUGUGUCUAGUUAACCCAAUAAGUUCCACUGCGCCACAAUGCGUCG